AUGCAUACACCACGGCCUUCCUCUCUCCGCCUGCCACUCUCUCUUGUCUCACACGCAAGCCAACAUCGACAUUCUGCAGCAGCUGCCAGUGCUGCUCGCGUCCGAGUCCGCGUCUCGCAUUUCUCGAUAUCCAGUCCAAAUCAUGGCCACUACCGCACUCUAGACAUACCCAAGGACGCGUCGCGAAAUCAGAUAAAGUCGAGCUUCUACAAGUUGAGCAAGCAGUACCACCCGGAUGUGAACUCAGAUCCUGGCGCGAAGGCAAAGUUCCAGGCGGUGAGUGAGGCGUACGCCGUGCUGGGUGACGAGCGGAAACGACGCGCAUACGACCGCACCCUCACGUCCGCCGCCCCCACACACCCACACGAGUCCCACCACGCGCACCCGUACGCCCCCUGGGCCGCCGACGGCCGCCGGCGCGGCGCGACGCACGCCUGGGAGUACGCGCGCCGCCCCAACGCGGGCCCGCGGCACUCGUACUCGUACUCACCGCCCCCACCUGGGGCGCACUACUCCCCGCCGCCCGGCGCGCACUACGCCCAUCCGAACGCAAACUACGGGCACCACGCGCGCGACCCGUGGGCGCACCCGAACGUGCAGCGCGCGACGGGGCGGCGGGGGCCGCUGCCGACGGGGCAGGGGCCGGGCCCCGGCUCGCACGAGUCGAUCUCGGUGCUGGGGCGCGCGAUCAUGGUGGUGGGGCUAGUGUUUGUGAUCGCGACGGUGGGGCACGGGGUGAGCGCGAGUGCGUGAGCUGCGGAGAGGGAGAGAGGGUGUAUUAUAUGGCACGGAUUGGGAAUGGAUGGGCGUCAUGUGUACGCCAGCUUGAUCCUUGUAGGAUGAGAGGGCGAAAGCGGUCAGGGUCGCGGCCCAGGCAGGCCGGGAGGGCUGAUUACAUGCGGGCGGGGUGUUGCGUACGAGAGACGCGUGCGGGCUCUCUGUACGUAGACGCGUGUUUGUGGACCUACUACGAUCGCAAGAAGGCGUCACGGGUUGGAACGGGCCUGCGUUGGUGCUCGGACGCUGUCUUUUCAGUAGCGGUUUUGGACAAGCGCC